CCUGAUGCCACCUUUAUACCUGCCUGCUGGCCAUGAUGUGGAAGCGCUGAUGCUCCGGUCUAACAAACAUCUCCAAACAAUUGUUUUUAUAUUUCAGUCAGAUUUUAUUUAGAGGCGGCGCUUGUUGGCUCUAGAGUGGCGUCGUAACGACACUUUUCAAUCCCAGUAAAAAGAGUUUGUCCAGAGCACAUUUCGAGCUGGGGGUCGACUGCAUCUGGGGGGGUGAUUGCUUUUUUCUGCCAGAUUUUUCUAUUUUAUUUUGUAUUUUCUUAUUUAAAAAAAUACUUUACAGUUGAAUUUAAUUUCCUUGUGAUUUGAUUCCAUAUCAAAGAUUUGCCUUAAGAUCAUGAACAAACUAUAUGUGGGGAAUUUGAGUCCUUUGGUCACUGUCGAGGAUUUGAAGGAGCUCUUUGGCGAGAAGAAGCUUCCUGGGGCCGAGCAGGUUCUGCUCAAAUCCGGCUAUGCUUUUGUGGACUUCCCCGACCAAAACUGGGCCAUAAAAGCUAUUGAGACACUCUCUGGUCAAGUUGAAUUACAUGGGAAGGUGCUUGAGGUAGACUACUCUGUUCCCAAAAAGCUACGGAGUCGCAAGAUCCAGAUCAGGAACAUUCCCCCUCAUCUACAGUGGGAGGUUUUGGACGGCCUUCUAGCUCAGUAUGGUACUGUAGACAACGUGGAACAAGUUACCACGGACACAGAAACAGCUGUGGUGAAUGCCACAUACUCAACCAAGGAGGAGGCCAAAGUAGCCAUAGAGAAGUUGACGGGUCAGCCGUUUGAGGGCUACUCCUUCAGGGUGUCGUACAUCCUGGAUAUGGAUGCAGCUCCGCCCCUACCUGCCCCGCGGAUGCGUCGGGGACGUCGGUCGUCCAGGGACCAGGACGGGCCCCAGCCAGGGCCCUCGGGGGGCUUCGGGGGACCCCGACCCAAACAGCAUGACUUCCCCCUCCGCAUGCUGGUCCCCACACAGUUCGUAGGAGCCAUCAUCGGCAAGGAGGGCCAAACCAUCAAGAACGUCACUAAACAGACACAGUCCAAGGUGGACAUCCAUCGUAAGGAGAAUGUGGGAGCAGCAGGGAAGCCCAUCACCAUCCACGCCACCCCAGAGGGCUGCUCCUCUGCCUGCCGCAUGAUCCUGGACAUCAUGCAGAAAGAGGCCAACGAGACCAAGGAGGAGGAGGAGAUUCCUCUGAAGAUCCUGGCCCACAACAGUCUGGUGGGACGACUGAUCGGUAAGGAGGGAAGAAACCUGAAGAAGAUAGAAGAAGAGACAGGGACCAAGAUUACUAUCUCCUCGUUACAGGACAUAACCAUCUGUAACCCAGAGAGGACCAUCACAGUGAAGGGCAGUAUGGAGGCGUGCUGUAAGGCUGAGGGGGAGGUCAUGAGGAAACUGAGGGACGCCUACGAGAACGACAUCGCUGCUGUUAACCAACAAACCAACCUUAUCCCGGGGCUGAACCUGAAUGCUCUGGGAAUCUUCUCCACUGGUUUGUCUGUUUUACCACCAGCAACAGGCCCCCGAGGAGCACACCCCGGACCCUUCCUAUGUCCCUCUUCACAUCUUGGUGGUUUGUAUGGGGUUCUACCAGCCAGUGCCAUACAGUGCCAGCACUCACAGUCUCCAGAGCAGGAGGUGGUGUAUCUCUUAAUACCAACCCAGGCGGUAGGUGCUCUGAUCGGGAAGAAGGGGCAGCACAUCAAACAGCUAGCACGCUUCGCUGGGGCCUCCAUCAAGAUCGCCCCAGCAGAGAACCCUGGCGUCACUGAGAGGAUGGUCAUGAUCACCGGACCUCCAGCAGCUCAGUUUAAGGCACAGGGCAGGAUAUUUGGGAAGCUGAAAGAGGAGAACUUCUUCACAGCGAAGGACGAAGUGAAGCUAGAGACACAUAUCAAAGUUCCCUCGAAUGCAGCCGGACGCGUCAUCGGCAAAGGAGGCAAAACCGUCAAUGAGCUGCAGAACCUGACCAGUGCGGAGGUCAUCGUGCCACGAGACCAAACGCCAGACGAGAACGAUGAGGUCUUCGUAAAGAUCAGCGGGCAUUUCUUCGCCAGUCAGUCUGCUCAGAGGAAGAUCCGUGAGAUCAUCCAGCAGGUGAAACAGCAGGAACAGAAACACCAGCAGCAGGGAGCUCCCAGCAUGCACCACUCUAAGUGACCAGCAGGUAGAGCGGUGCGGCUCCCUCCCCCUCUCUCUCUCCAGCGGGCUCAAGCCAAUGAAUGUAGCCCUCCCACCUGGACGGACGACCAGACCAGCCAAUGGGACAAGGCAAAGCAGAACAGCAGAACCGGGAACAAAACCAAAGAACUUAAUUGAUCGGGGGGGGGAAAGUGAUGAGAGUCAAAUGCUUGGGGCAUUAUGUGCACUGCCAGCCCAGAGCGGAGAGAGAGGACGGGGAGAGGAAACGGACAUGUCAAAAUACAAUAUAUAUAAAAAAACAAGAUGAAGUAGGCUAACUAACAUACAGUAGGCCUAACAGACAGUAGGCUAACUAACAUACAGUAGGCCUAACAGACAGUAGGCCUAACAGACAGUAGGCCUAACAGACAGUAGGCUAACUAACAUACAGUAGGCCUAACAGACAGACAACAUCAAAACAGACAUGAUGGCAUUAGGAAGGUAGUUCUGUAGUUUAGUAGAAGGAUGAGUAUGAUGGUGUGAUUCAGGGAGAAGGACUGUCUGAGACGCUUGUGGUUCACAUUAAUAAUAAAAGUCAGUAUCCUUAACAGUACUAAGACAGAGUAGAACACAUGGUGCCUUCCAAGUGGCACCCUAUUCCCUACAUAGUGCACCACUGUUGACCAGAGCCCCGUAGACAUACAAUGGUAUAUACUAAACUAUGGCCUGGUAUUCGGUUACACAGCAGAUGGAAUGACAGCGCAUGUUGUGGCUUAAUAUCUAACAAAACUGGAUAUUUCCUAGAUUGAAAUGGGCUUUCAGUAGAACGGGGAACUUUAGACCGGGGCCCUAUAGGCCCGUAUAUGGAAUAAGGAGAAAAGUGUCAUUUUCAGCAGUGUGAACAGACAGCAGUGUGAACAGCAGUGUGAACAGCAGUGUCAACAGCAGUGUGAACAGCAGUGUGAACAGCAGUGUGAACAGCAGUGUCAACAGCAGUGUGAACAGCAGUGUCAACAGCAGUGUCAACAGCAGUGUGAACAGCAGUGUCAACAGCAGUGUGAACAGCAGUGUCAACAGCAGUGUCAACAGCAGUGUCAACAGCAGUGUGACCAGCAGUGUGAACCGCCAGGGGCUAAGGGCAUCCCCUCCGCCAGGGGCUAAGGACAUCCCCUCCGCCAGGGGCUAAGGACAUCCCCUCCGCCAGGGGCUAAGGACAUCCCCUCCGCCAGGGGCUAAGGACAUCCCCUCCGCCAGGGGCUAAGGACAUCCCCUCCGCCAGGGGCUAAGGACAUCCCCUCCUCCAGGGGCUAAGGACAUCCCCUCCGCCAGGGGCUAAGGACAUCCCCUCCGCCAGGGGCUAAGGACAUCCCCUCCGCCAGGGGCAUCCCCUCCGCCAGGGGCUAAGGACAUCCCCUCCGCCAGGGGCUAAGGACAUCCCCUCCGCCAGGGGCUAAGGACAUCCCCUCCGCCAGGGGCUAAGGGCAUCCCCUCCGCCAGGGGCUAAGGGCAUCCCCUCCGCCAGGGGCUAAGGGCAUCCCCUCCGCCAGGGGCUAAGGGCAUCCCCUCCGCCAGGGGCUAAGGGCAUCCCCUCCGCCAGGGGCUAAGGGCAUCCCCUCCGCCAGGGGCUAAGGGCAUCCCCUCCGCCAGGGGCUAAGGACAUCCCUUCCGCCAGGGACUAAGGACAUCCCCUCCACCAGGGGCUAAGGACAUCCCCUCCACCAGGGGCUAAGGGCAUCCCCUCCCCUCCCCUCCGCCAGGGGCUAAGGACAUCCCUUCCGCCAGGGGCUAAGGACAUCCCUUCCGCCAGGGGCUAAGGACAUCCCCUCCGCCAGGGGCUAAGGACAUCCCCUCCACCAGGGGCUAAGGGCAUCCCCUCCCCUCCCCUCCGCCAGGGGCUAAGGACAUCCCUUCCGCCAGGGGCUAAGGACAUCCCCUCCGCCAGGGGCUAAGGGCAUCCCCUCCACCAGGGGCUAAGGGCAUCCCCUCCGCCAGGGGCUAAGGACAUCCCCUCCGCCAGGGGCUAAGGACAUCCCCUCCGCCAGGGGCUAAGGACAUCCCCUCCGCCAGGGGCUAAGGGCAUCCCCUCCGCCAGGGACUAAGGACAUCCCUUCCUCCAGGGGCUAAGGACAUCCCUUCCUCCAGGGGCUAAGGACAUCCCUUCCUCCAGGGGCUAAGGACAUCCCUUCCUCCAGGGGCUAAGGACAUCCCCUCCGCCAGGGGCUAAGGACAUCCCCUCCGCCAGGGACUAAGGACAUCCCUUCCUCCAGGGGCUAAGGACAUCCCCUCCGCCAGGGACUAAGGACAUCCCUUCCUCCAGGGGCUAAGGGCAUCCCCUCCCCUCCGCCAGGGGCUAAGGACAUCCCCUCCGCCAGGGGCUAAGGACAUCCCCUCCGCCAGGGGCUAAGGACAUCCCUUCCUCCAGGUGCUAAGGACAUCCCCUCCGCCAGGGGCUAAGGACAUCCCUUCCUCCAGGGGCUAAGGACAUCCCCUCCGCCAGGGGCUAAGGACAUCCCCUCCGCCAGGGGCUAAGGACAUCCCCGCCGCCCAUUUCUUACUGUUCAUAUCUGAUUUGACUUUCUGCUUUUCCUUCCUGCAUCUCUGCUUCCUUCAUUUUCACAUCUCUCUCUCAUCUGGGUUUGUGUUUGUUUUUUACAUUAUAAUUAUUUUUUACAGCCUUUUAUUCCAUAUACAGGGCCCAUAGGGCCACGGUCUAAAGUAGUGCACUAUAUAUAGGGAAUAGGGUGCCAUAGGGUCGCGGUCUAAAGUAGUGCACUAUAUAUAGGGAAUAGGGUGCCCAUAGGGCCACGGUCUAAAGUAGUGCACCAUAUAUAGGGAAUAGUUGCUGGGACUGCUUGUCUCUUUCCUGUGAUCCUGCCGACCAAGGAUGGGUCUGAGGAGCUAUUUGGCGUCUCAGCUAGCCUAGCUGCUAGCCUAGCUGCAUAUCAAGUUAGCGGGGUGUUAUUGAACGCAGUUCGCGACACGGUUAGCCAUUGUGGCUGGGACCGCUGAUUGACCCGGGUUUGUGGCUGUCUCGAUCCCUGCUGUUUGUUGCUUUCAAUCUUCCCUGUGACCUGCCCUGUCUGGAACUGAGAGGAGUAACAGCAUAACCUACGUUGCUAGCUACCAUGACAAAGACCAAAGCCGAUGGGAGUACCGUUGAGGACAGUGCCAGUGGUGUCUCUCUAUCACACGUGAAGGAUCUUUUAAAAUGAAAAAAUACCUACAAGCAGUCGUUACAACAAGAAAAUAGCUUCAAAUGUUUUGCCCAAAUACUUGUGGAUUCUACUAAUAAAAGAAUGGACGACCUGACCAGAGAGGUCCAAGACCUGAAGAACCGUUUGCAGUUCUCCCAGGGUCAGCUCGACGAGUUGAAACAGGAGAACGGCAAGAUGACAGCAAUCUGAAAGUCAUUGAGAGAGGACAUCAGUUCUGUAUGUGAAUCCAUGAUAAUCAGAGUUUUACAUCAUCGUUAUCUCGAGGGAUAAUCAAGGCAGAACAUGGUUGUGGACGGAAUUGCAGAAUCUCAACAUGAGACCUGGACGGAGUCUGAGGGCAAAGUGAGGGAAAUUAUUUGAGAAAUUGAAGAUGGACCACAGGAAAAUUGCAGGUGACAGGCCCAGACCGAUAGUGGUCAAGUUCCUGAUGUUCAAGGACAAGGUAGCUGUUUUGGAAAGAGUCAAGAACUUGAGAGGAACGUAUAUUUUCCUCAGCGAGGACUAUCCUGAAACUGUGCGCCAGAAGAGGAAAGAACUGAUCCCAGCCAUGAAACUGCCAGAGUGCAUGAGGACAUUGCGUACAUCCACUAUGACAGAUUAAUUGUCCACCCUCCCUCCCAGAAGCCUGGAAGGGAUAAGAGAGCCGAGCCUAUGGGCUCGUAGCCUCAACCCCGCAGCACACACACACCAACUGAUUAAUGGACUGCUGAAUGUAUAUGUCUUUCUCUUGCUUUGUUCGCUCUUUUCAGUAUUAUGUCUAUCUCUGAUAAGCUACCCAGGAAAGGGCUGAAAAUAGCUCAUAUUAAUAUAUGCAGCUUUAGAAAUAAAGUCAAUAACUUGAUAACAUUCAUAUAUUAGCCAUUUGAGACUCACUUAAAUAAUUAAUUUGAUGUUACAGCAGUAGCAAUACAAGGAUAUAACAUUUACAGAAGAGACAGGCAUGUUUAUGGGGGAGGGGUUGCUGUAUAUAUUCAGUCAUAUCCCUGUAAUGUUUAUAGGGGAGGUGUUGCUGUAUAUAUUCAGUCAUAUCCCUGUAAUGCUUAUAGGGGAGGUGUUGCUGUAUAUAUUCAGUCAUAUCCCUGU